AAGUGGAAACCUGUAGCCGGUAAAGUGACACACGUGUCAAAAAUGGCAAGACCUAAAUAAAUAAACUUUUAAUUUACUCAUGUAAAUGUUUACGCUUUAUUUAAUUCUUCAUUAGUUGCUUCACAUAGUAGUAAUUGCUUCGUCCGCCCAUAUCAGGGGUUUCUGGUUGUAUGGCAAAGCAAGGUAAUUCAAGUCUUACAAGUCCAAUUGACUCAACUUCAGUAGCGAUGCUUCGUCAGCUUGAUCAAUACGAGCCAGACCUCACUGUGCCCACAGCCACUAAUAUUGACAAUAUUAUAUCAGGAAUUGCGAAAGAUGAAAAGGAGAUCUACGAGCAGGCUUUGAUAAAUUUCGUGGUCAAAGAGCACAAGACGUUUGAUAUAUGUGAAACACAAGGUGCUACACAAGAUGCGCAAAAACGGGAGCAGCUAUGGAAAGCGCUGACAAAUUUGGCUGCUAAAACUGAUGAUAAUAAUCUUCUGGUGGUAGUUUUUACAGUAUUUCGAAUUCUAAGCCGCGAUAAACAGUCGGUCAGUAAACUUGCGACUCCCGAAUGGAUGGAUUUAAUGAUCUCUCAUAUAGGGCUAAAUAGUCAAACGUUUGAAUACUCAGACGACACCUUAUGUAAAAUUGAAGAAGGGCAAAAAGUCGUGUGGAAUGUUCUGUUUAAUAGCAAGAAGCUAGUGAACGAAUCACCGAACAAUGGCCUCUUGGAUAAACUCUUGGAUCGAAUGAGUUUGUACGACAAAGUUCGCAUUCCUGAUGCUAUCAAGUAUUAUGAUGCACAGUUCAUUUUCUAUCUGACCACCAGUUCCACGGAUGUCAGGCGCGUAGUCGAAGAAUCCAACGGCUUACCGCUCCUGAUUACCGUGCUGAAAGUGGUUCUUAAAGAAGCAUCUGAAAGUGGUCCAUCAUCUUCUUUGCCUGUCGUUCUCGACAACCGAAAGGCCGACAUCGCUUGCGAAAGCUUAAAAGCGCUCUUCAGCAUCACAUUAACAUCGUCCGGGAGAGAUGAGAAAGUAAAACAAUAUCGAGAGCUAGUCGACAUUUUGCGAAGCUACCUGGUGGCAUCUACGGCCAGUCUGGAUAAAACCUGGCAGCUGAGGAGAAGUUGUAUUAAUAUGCUGGUAAACAUUCCCGCCAAAUGUUACAGAAACCUCAUCACUCCCGUGGCACAAUCAACGUCGCUUCCCAAAAGUCUACAGUUUGAAAGCCAUAACAUGAUCAUUAUACACGAGAUACUGAUGUUUUUGGAAGCGCAUUUCAUGGAGAAACUGCCAGUCACGAAUCAAUUGGAACAGUUUGCUCCAGUGCUCAGUGUUUUGCUCAAGGGAGUAACAACUCACAGACCUAUACGCAAGUACCUCCGAACGCAAAUUUUGCCUCCACUCACCGAAAUGGAUAAACGCCCUGAAGAGACCGACACUAUUAGAGGGCAUCUUUGCAAACUAUUAACCAGCCCUAUAACGCAGCUGAGAGACUUGGCUGCCGAGUUGCUGUUUGUGUUGUGCAAAUGCAACGUUAAUCGCAUGAUAAAAUAUACGGGUUUUGGAAAUGCCGCCGGCCUGUUGGCACAGAAGGGCUUACUGGGCGGGAAGAAAGAUGCAGCUGAAGCUGAUUACAGUUCGGGAAGUGAAGAUAGUGAGACUGAAGAAUACACCGAACAGAGGCAUUUGCUGAAUCCUGUGCUGGGGUGCGUGGACAAGCCCCAUCCUGAUCCAAUGGCUGGAAUGAGUGAUGAGCAGAAGGAAUAUGAAGCGGUCAAACUUGCUCAGCGUAUUGACGAGUUGUCGAAAUCGGGGAUUAUUCAGCCCUGCAGAGUGGGCUCUGAUGGAAAACCGCAGCCGAUUAAGCACAUCCUGGAGCUGCAAGAGGGAUUAACAGCGAACAAUGACGACUCCAAUAUUUUUUUACUAACUGGUACUAGUCUAUUGUAGAGCAGUAUUAUCAUAACGCAUGAAAAACGUAUCAACAAUAAAUAAGAUGUUCUGAUGUACAAGUGUUAUUCUAUAAAAUAUAUUUAGUGAAAGAA